AUGGUCGGCCUUGACUACGCUAUUUCUUCUGUCGAAAGCUCAGAUCUCCCAUUCCUAGCGAAAUUCAUCCAUUCCGCAAAACUGUCUCUAAGUAUCAAUCGCCUUCUGUAUCAGCCGUGGCCGAACGAGACUAUCCAAAAAAGACAGUACACAGGAGCUGUCGAGGGUGGAUUUGCCGACUCCUCGAUGGAGUGUUUCAAGGCGACUGAAGGGGAGUCCAAUGCAAUCAUUGGUUAUAUUGUUUUCGUGAGAAAGGCAGCCACCAAGGAAGAUUCAAUGGCCCCUGUCAAGGCUGGAAGUCCAGAUGAUGGCCACAAUGCUCCAGUGGGAAUGAACCCCGGUCUGCUUGCUGAAGUAACUGCUGCGAACAUGGACAUCAGCAAGGCUACGGAACACAUUAACCGUUAUGGUCGGGUUCAACAAUGCCUGUUUGUAUAA